UUAGUUCUUCCAGCGGUGUUGAGAUUAUAGCAGGUUCGGGCUGAGAUCGCGUCAAUACAAAAUACAAAAGUGUGAAUUGUGGGAUAUAAGCCUAAGAUGGCGGCACCCAUACUGAAAUGGAAAAGAGUAACAAAUACUGGUGGACAAGCUCCUAGACCUCGACAUGGACAUCGUGCAGUUGCAAUCAAAGAUCUAAUGAUCGUUUUUGGUGGUGGUAAUGAAGGAAUUGUUGAUGAACUUCAUGUUUAUAACACAACAAGUAAUCAGUGGUUUAUACCACCUGUCAAAGGAGAUGUACCACCUGGUUGUGCAGCUUAUGGAUUUGUGUGUGAUAAUACCAGACUUCUGGUAUUUGGUGGCAUGGUGGAAUAUGGCAAGUAUUCAAAUGAACUUUAUGAACUUCAGGCUAGCAGGUGGGAAUGGAAAAGAUUAAAACCUCGUGCUCCUAAAGGUCAGCCUCCACCUUGUCCUCGAUUGGGUCACAGUUUUACUUUAAUGGGAAAUAGAGUUUAUCUUUUUGGUGGUCUUGCUAAUGAUAGUGAUGAUCCAAAGAACAAUAUUCCAAGGUAUUUAAAUGAUUUGUAUGCAUUAGAGUUAAGAGGUCAAUCUAAUGCCAUCCAUUGGGAAAUUCCCAAUUUUGGUGGUCAGCCACCCCCUCCUAGAGAGUCACAUACUGCUGUAGCAUAUACUGGAAAGUUUGAUAAGCAUUCAAGACUAAUCAUAUAUGGAGGAAUGAGUGGAUGCAGAUUAGGAGAUCUGUGGCAGUUAGACAUGGAAUCAAUGUCAUGGGCAAAGCCUGUUGUUCAGGGUCUUUCACCUUUGCCUCGAAGUUUACAUUCUGCUACACUGAUUGGACAUCGGAUGCUUGUGUUUGGAGGUUGGGUACCGUUGGUAAUGGAUGAUAAUAAAGCAGCUACCCAUGAAAAAGAGUGGAAGUGUACAAAUACUUUAGCUUCUUUAAAUCUUGAAACAAUGACAUGGGAACCCCUUGCAAUGGAGGGUUUUGAUGAUGCAGUGCCAAGAGCUCGAGCGGGACAUUGUGCAGUAGCAAUAAAUUCCAGGCUCUACAUAUGGAGUGGAAGAGAUGGCUACAGGAAAGCUUGGAAUAACCAGGUGUGUUGUAAAGAUUUGUGGUUUUUGGAAACUGACAAGCCUGCUGCUCCACCCCGUGUACAACUUAUUCGUGCUUCUACUAACUCUCUUGAAGUUCAUUGGGGUGCAGUUCCUACAGCUGAUUCUUACUUGCUGCAACUUCAGAAAUAUGAUAUGCCUCCAACAUCCCCUCAAUUGCCAACCCCUACCACACCUCAGCAGAUAUCUGCCUCGUCUAGUAUUGCUUCAACUGCUACACCAGUUGUGCCUCAUAAUAUUCUUUCAACAGCCAGUUCAUUGAAUUCAACACCUGUUACAUCAUCACUCUCAUUAGCAACAUCAGCAGUAACUACUACAGCUCAACCUCAAACUCUUGUUCGAUUUUCUGUGAACCCGGUUAGUUCAGCUGGCUCUGCUAAUAAAACUGUUACAGUUUUGCAGUCAAAAAAUCAAUCAAUGCCUAAGCAGCAAAUAAGGGUAGUCACUCAAACUGCUAGUGGAACUCACGUUGUACGUCCAUUGACAACCACCUCUACAACAGCCGUUACAACAACAGUACAACCAAUGACAGGUAUGGCCGCACUUGCUCAUGCUGCAGCUUCUACCCAAAAACUAACAACAAGUGCAACUUCUACUGUAAGCAAUAUUAGAGUUGUCACCCCAUCUUUAUUAGGCUCUCAAGGCUUGAAACUUAAUACAGUUGGAGGUAUUGGUAAUCAAACUGUGAGGAUGAGUACUCCUACUACUCUUUUAAAAUCACCUGCUACUGUUGGUGCACAAGGUCAAAAGCAGAUAAUUGUGCACAAAGCUCCUGGUGGUGGCAGUCAGCCUCAGAUUGUUACUUUAGUAAAAACUAGCCAAGGUGUGACAGUGGCAACAGUCCCUAAAGUAAGUCUAGUACAAAGCAAAGCCACUGGCAUUCAAGGACAACAGACAAAAGGUACGAUUCCUCAAGGAGCUACAAUUGUUAAACUGGUUACAACUCAAGCCAAUACUACAGGAAAACCUGGUGGUGUUCUAGCAUCUUCUCCAAAUACUAGCCAAGCAACAGUUGUUGGACUAUCGCCACAGGGAGGUCUACAGCCAAAAUUAAUGACAACAAUACUCCGAACUUUGCCAACAAAUAUAAUAAGUGUUGCCAAACCAUCUGCUGCUGGUACCUCUAGUACAAAUUCUGUCUCUACUAUAUCUGCCUCACCAAAGCAAACUUUUGUCAUAGCAGCUCCUGGAACAGGUAAAUCAGGCACACCUGCAAAAAUCAUUUCAACUGUUCCAAAGUUGGCUGGAUCAGGAAGUUCACUUUUAGUAUCCUCUUCUGCCAGUGGAGUUAAAUCAAUAUUAACAACUGUUGCUGCAGAAAGUGGAAAAGCCUAAUAAUCCUGAAAAUGUUGGAACUGCUUCCACAGCAAACUCCUCCACAGAAAAUGAUUCUAGUCUAAGUGGCUCUAAAUCUGAAGAAACUAGUGGAGAAAACAGGACUCCAAACACUAAAAAUACCGUAAAGACUUGUGGUGAUGAAGUUAAAUGUCAAAAUGACAGUGACAGUAUUAUCUCUGUUCAAACAGCUGAUACUUUACCUAAAGGUGAGGUUAGUGCCGAUUCUAUUAAUAGGACUAAGCCAGUAAGUGAAUGUGCUGAUGGCAUACAUUGUGGUACGGAUGAUGAAGCCGAAGAAACGCCAGCAUCCAAGUCUAAAAAAGUCUGUGACGAUGGUAUUCAUUGUGGAACAGAUGAUGAAGCAGAUGAUGUAUCCAAUAAAAAAGUGUGUGAAGAUGGUAUUCACUGUGGUACUGAUGAUGAAUCAGAUGCAGUAGAUCACAAAUCAAAAAAAGUGUGUGAUGAUGGUAUACAUUGUGGGACUGAUGAUGAAACGGAAGAUGCACAAGUUAAAGUUAAAAAAGUUUGUGAUGAUGGCAUUCAUUGCGGUACUGAUGAUGAAGAUGAGCAACCUCAAGGUAAGUCUCGUAAAGUGUGUGAUGAUGGUAUCCAUUGUGGCACUGAUGAUGAAAGUGAACAAACUCCAACCAAGACUCGUAAAGCUUGUGAUGAUGGUAUUCAUUGUGGUACAGAUGAAGAAGAUAAUGGUGAAAAACUUGAUACUUCUGAAUCUACUGAAACAUCAACUAAAGACAAUACUAAUCAAAAUGAUACUCCCGGUGAAAAUAGUGAAAAUAUUUCUGUUGCUAAAUCACAGAAUAGUGAAGAUAAAAGUGUCACCAGUUCUCAACCAACAUCCCAUAUCACACCUCUUACACUGGAACAGCCUGGAGCUGAACCUCCUGCUCAAAUGUUGUCAGAUGAUCCUCCAGUUCAAAUAGAUGAACAGUCUACUGAAGCUGCAAACAACAAUGCUCUAUCAAAGCUUGUGUCAGGCAGGCAUUCAUUAACAACACUUGCUACUGCAGCCAUUUCAACUGCAAGUCCUACUUCUCUUAUAAUAAAAAGAGAUUGUUCCAAUGGAAUUGCCAAUUCUAAUACUGAAGAAGGAUUUGAUUCAGCUCUGAAGUUGGAUCUUACAAGUAUAAAACAAGAACCAACUACACCGAUCAAAUCUGAAAUAUAUCGUCAUCAAGAUGCUCAAUGGUACGAUGUUGGCAUUUACAAGGACAGUUGUGCUCUAGUCACGCAGUUCUAUGUACCUGAUAAUGAAGAUAAGAAAAGUUCAUUUGAACCACUGCCAGAUUUGUCAAAUAUGAAACAACAAGAUUUGGAACCUGGCACAGCUUAUAAAUUUAGAGUUGCUGCUGUCAAUACAUGUGGUAGAGGACCCUGGAGUGAAGUGUCUGCAUUUAAAACAUGUUUGCCUGGUUACCCUGGAGCUCCAUCUGCCAUCAAAAUCAGCAAAAGUCUUGAUGGAGCUCAUCUGUCAUGGGAAGCCCCUCAAACAACCUCAGGAGAAAUAACCGAAUAUUCUGUGUACUUGGCCAUGAGGUCAGCCACUACAGGUGGUCAGGGUGAAGGCAAACAGACUGUACAAUCCAACACAUCUCAGUUAGCAUUUGUUCGUGUAUACUGUGGCCCAGAGCCCUCUUGUACUGUCAACAGUCAGAACUUAAACUCGGCACACAUUGAUAUGACUACUAAAGCAGCUAUAAUCUUCAGAAUAGCUGCUCGAAAUGAAAAAGGUUAUGGUCCUGCCACUCAAGUGAGGUGGCUUCAAGAUAACUCAGCUACCAACAAUACCAAAACUGCCACUAAGCGAACAACUGAGAAAAGCAACAGUGUAUCAAAGAAAAUGAAAUUAGAAGAUUCGUGAAUAUGAGAGAUUUUUUAUCAUUUUGCUGAAACUGAGAAUUGUAUAUUUUGUUUUUCAUGAAAUUGUUCAUGCAUACUGUAAAUUCUUGUUCGUUCGUUUCCUUACAUCAUUUCCAUCGUGCAUAUUGUAAUAAAGUAUUCCAUUUUUCCCUCUCUUAUUCAAGUACACAUUCUUUGGAGAUGGAGAAACAUUUGAAGUUUCAUUUUUUAAUCAAGUGUGAUGAUGUUUCAGUUGAAGUACUAAUUGAUUGCACCUAUUCAAUAUUUUUUAACUAAUGUGUCUUUAAGGGAAAACCAAACUUUAAGAGUGUGAGAUACUUUUUAUCAAAUUGUUACAAAAUUCUAUUUAUUGUUGUUGAAACAAUAAGCAUUUGAAGCGUGUGAUGCUUCUCUGUUUGAAUAUUCCUACAUAAAUUGAAUUGUAGAGAUAUUUAAUUCAUUUUUAAGCCUAUUUGUAACUUUUAGUAUUACACAAAGUUAAACUGUAUGUAUUAUAAUCUAUUAACAUUGUUGCAAAUUUUAUUGAUGAAGUAAGCAACUUAUUGUAAAUAAAUUUUUGUUUUUGUCUAUUAGAUUGCUUUUUUUUUUGCGUAGAAAAAAAAUUACGGCCUGUCUGUAUGCAUGUUCGGCUUUGUGCUUUCAGAAACUAUUGUAAUAUAAUCAUAGUCCGCUAACGGCAUCACAACCCCCAAAUCAAAGAACUGCAUUACUGAUUAUUUUUUUAUAUCCAGUUCGCAUCUCCAGAUGAUCAUUUGUCAAUAUAUGACUUGAAGAGUAGGGAAAUUCUUAUGUAAAUAUUUCUAUAAAUACUCAAAUGAUAGAUCAUUAUUGUUACCUUUUUGAUGACUUGAUUUUAAAAAUAAGUUCAUAUUCCUGGGACUUUGUUGGUCCUCAAUUGUUUUAGAUCAAUUUGCAAGGAUUCAAUUUUGUAUAUUGAACUUAACUAUGCUUAAAUUGUGUUUUCAGCUUGUUUGCUGUUAUAAAUUGUAUCUUGCUUUAUGUAUAUCAAAUAAAGAUGAAUUUUAGAUCUGUU